AUGAGUUCUGAUCUGAAGAGAAAGCAGAAGAAGAAAAAUCCAAAACCUGGUCAGUUAAACCCUAAUUGGUCACUCCUCCAACAAAAGCUGAAAUCUGAUUCGAAUAGCUCGGGCACUCGAAAAUCUUCAAAUAAUGGUGACCCAGAAGAUCCCAGCUCCAUAUUAGGGAAGCGGAAGGAGAGAUCCUAUUCGGAGGUCGAUGUUCCUAAGACUAAUCCUCUAACUCCGGUUAAUGACGAUUGCAGUUUGACAGAUGAAGUGGCUAUGGAUUGUGAAAUGGUUGGUGUCAGUCAAGGAACCAAAAGUGCCCUUGGACGAGUUACCUUGGUAAAUAAAUGGGGAAAUGUUCUAUACGAUGUGUUUGUCCGUCCAGUGGAACGCGUUGUUGACUUUCGAACGCAUAUAAGCGGGAUUCGACCUCGUGAUUUAAAAAAGGCCAAAGAUUUCCGCGUUGCUCAGACCAAAGUAGCAGAGUUGAUCAAGGGAAAGAUUCUCGUGGGACACGCCUUGCACAACGAUCUCAAGGUUUUGCUACUAACUCACCCGAAACAUGACUUAAGGGACACAGCAGAGUAUCAGCCCUUUCUCAAGGACAAAACUAGAAAGUCUCUCAAACAUAUCGCAGCUGAGUUUCUAGGUGCCGACAUUCAAAACGGAGAGCACUGCCCUAUUGACGAUGCUCGAGCGGCUAUGAUGCUUUACCAGAAGAACAGAAGAGAGUGGGAGAGGAAUGUGAAAGACCAGACACGUAUGAGACUGAAACAAAAGAAGCGUAAGCCUAAGAAGAAAGCGAGGGAAGGGAAUGCUUCUUCCAAUCAAACCCCAACUGUUUGA